UAUGGCUAUCAGAAAAAGGCAUUGCCAACUCGUACAGAACUCCCAUCUCUAAUCAAAUACAGCGACAUCUACAAGUUCUUCAAAACGCGAAAAGAAGUCCCCGAACACGUUGAGAGGAAUGUCGGACUCCGAAGUUAGCAACAUGUCGGACAGCGGGUCCGAGGAUGGAUCGAUUUCCAACAAAUCGCAACGCAGCGCCCGCUCCAAGUCAAGGUCGAGGUCCAGGUCCCGGUCCGGAUCGAGGUCUGUGUCCAGAUCCAGAUCCAGGUCCCGCUCCCAGUCGGGUCACUCCCGCUCAGGAUCAGAGUCUCCACAAGGUCGUGGCAAUCGCCGGAAGAGCGAUGAGUCCGGUGAGGAGGAAGAAGAGCCGCCGGGCGAGGACAUCGACUCGGAGGAGUACGAAGAGGAGGAGAAUGACGACCAUCCUAGGAAAAAGAAGAAGAAGGAGCGUUUCGGUGGAUUCAUUAUUGAUGAGGCCGAAGUGGACGAUGAAGUCGACGAGGAUGAGGAGUGGGAAGAGGGUGCCAAUGAAAUAGGCAUUGUAGGAAACGAAAUAGAUGAACUGGGACCCACGGCCCGGGACAUUGAAAUCCGCCGACGAGGCACAAACCUCUGGGACACCCAAAAAGAAGAUGAGAUCGAGGAGUACCUUCGCAAGAAAUACGCCGACGAAUCCAUCGCAAAAAGACACUUUGGCGAUGGCGGAGAGGAAAUGUCGGAUGAGAUCACCCAGCAAACUCUGCUCCCAGGAAUCAAGGAUCCCAAUUUGUGGAUGGUCAAGUGUCGCAUUGGGGAGGAAAAGGCCACCGCCUUGUUGCUGAUGAGAAAGUUCCUGACCUACUUGAACACCGAUGAUCCUCUGCAAAUCAAAUCCAUUGUCGCCCCCGAAGGCGUCAAGGGAUACAUCUACUUGGAGGCCUACAAGCAGACCCACGUCAAAACGGCCAUCGACAAUGUUGGCAAUCUGCGAAUGGGCAAAUGGAAGCAGGAGAUGGUGCCCAUCAAGGAAAUGACUGAUGUGCUGAAGGUGGUCAAGGAGCAGGUGGGCCUUAAGGUCAAGCAAUGGGUGCGUCUAAAGCGCGGCCUCUACAAGGACGACAUCGCUCAGGUUGACUACGUGGAUCUGGCCCAGAACCAAGUCCAUCUGAAGCUACUGCCACGCAUCGAUUACACAAGAAUGCGCGGUGCCCUUAGGACCACAGCAACGGAGUCGGAUGAUAGCAAGCGCAAGAAGAAACGCCGUCCUCCGGCAAAGCCAUUCGAUCCAGAAGCCGUCAGAGCUAUUGGCGGCGAAGUCCAUUCGGAUGGUGAUUUCCUGCUGUUCGAGGGCAACAGAUACUCGCGCAAAGGAUUUCUCUACAAGAAUUUCAACAUGUCAGCCAUUCUGUCGGAUGGAGUUAAGCCCACACUGGCCGAGCUGGAACGCUUUGAAGAAUCUCCAGAAGAGGUUAACUUGGAAAUCAUGGGCACUGCCAAGGACGAUCCGACUUCAGUUCAUUCCUUCUCGAUGGGCGACAAUGUUGAAGUCUGCAAUGGUGACUUGGAGAAUUUGCAAGCCAAGAUUGUGGCCAUUGAUGGCCCCAUGAUUACUGUGAUGCCCAAGCAUCAGGAUCUUAAGGAUCCCUUGAUUUUUAAAGCCCUCGAGCUGCGCAAGUACUUCAAGACUGGAGACCACGCCAGGGUCCUGGCCGGCCGGUAUGAAGGCGAAACUGGUCUAAUUAUUCGCGUUGAACCCUCACGGGUGGUUCUCGUUUCGGAUCUGACCAAUCAUGAAUUGGAGGUCCUGCCGCGGGACUUGCAGCUGUGCUCCGAUGUGGCCACUGGUGUGGACUGUCUUGGUCAGUUCCAAUGGGGAGAUCUGGUGCAAUUGGACUCCCAAAAUGUAGGCGUUAUUGUUCGGCUGGAGCGCGAAAACUUCCAUGUUCUGGGCAUGAAUGGAAAGUGCAUCGAGUGCAAGCCCACGGCUUUGCACAAGCGCAGGGAGAACCGGAAUACGGUGGCUCUGGAUGCGGAUCAAAAUCAGAUCCGUCGGCGCGAUAUCGUGAAAGUUAUGGAGGGACCCCAUGCCGGCCGCUCCGGUGAGAUCAAGCAUCUGUACCGCAGUCUCGCCUUUCUCCAUUGCCGCAUGUACACCGAGAACGGUGGCAUAUUCGUGUGCAAGACUCGGCACUUGCAGUUGGCCGGUGGCAGCAAGACGAAUGUCAACAAUGCUGGAACUCUGGGUGGUCUAGGAUUUAUGUCACCGCGCAUCCAGUCGCCGAUGCAUCCAUCCGGAGGUCGUGGAGCUCGUGGUGGAGCACGCGGCGGCAGGGGAGGAUUCCGGGUGACACGAGAUCGAGAGAUUUUGGGCAAAACCAUCAAAAUCAGUGGUGGACCUUACAAGGGAGCCGUGGGAAUCGUCAAAGAUGCCACGGAGAGCACGGCUCGCGUGGAGCUGCACACCUCCUGUCAAACGAUUUCGGUGGAUAGGAAUCACAUUGCCAUUGUUGGAGUUCCCGGCAAGGAGGGAAGUGUAUCCACUUAUGGACGUACUCCGGCGCGUACUCCUGGCUAUGGAGCCCAGACACCCAGCUACACCGCUGCCGGCUCCAAGACACCGUUGGUGGGAAGCCAGACUCCCAACUGGGAUACCGAUACUCGUACUCCUUAUGGUACAAUGACUCCAUCGCACGAUGGCAGCAUGACGCCACGUCAUGGAGCUUGGGAUCCGACGGCCAAUACCACGCCAGCCAGAAACAACGAAUUCGACUAUUCGCUGGAGGAGCCAAGCCCAAGUCCUGGCUACAAUCCAAGCACUCCUGGCUAUCAAAUGACAUCGCAGUUUGCACCACAAACACCUGGUACUCUGUACGGAUCGGAUAGGAGCUACAGCCCCUUCAACCCCAGUCCUAGUCCAGCCCCAUCUCCCUAUCCAGUUGGGUAUAUGAACACCCCGUCGCCAUCGACCUACUCCCCGAAUACUCCGGGCGGCAUUCCCCAGUCUCCGUACAAUCCGCAGACACCUGGAGCCAGUCUCGACUCCUCUAUGGGCGACUGGUGCACUACGGAUAUCGAAGUUAAGAUCCACACGCAUGACGAUACCGACUUGGUGGGACAAACUGGCGUUAUUCGCACGGUUUCCAAUGGUGUUUGCUCCGUUUUCUUGCGCCAGGAGGAUCGCAGUGUGUCUAUUGUGAGCGAGCAUCUUGCUCCGGUGCCUCCGAACAGUGGUGACGAAUUCAAGGUCAUCUACGGGGAGGAGCGCGAGUCCGUGGGCCGAGUUCUGGCCAAGCAAGAGGGAGACGUCCUCGUCUGCAAAAUCAACGACGAGGUCAAGAUGCUGCCGGUGAACCAUCUCUGCAAGAUGAAGUCUAUUGACUAAAGAGAAUAAUUUGUUAGGCGCCUUGCUGCAGCUUCAAUUAAAUAAUCAGAACAUGAUACAAAUUUCAUUUAAAUUAAAAAAAAACAUUGACGUUUAUUCAAAUAAUAUCA